AGAAGAAAAAAACGUGUCUGGUGCAGAAGUUAUUUUUUUGCUCUGACUUAUCGUCAGAAAUUCGUUCACCAUGUCGGGAGUUUCGGGGACCAAUUUACAUUGGUCCGACAUUCUCGUCAUCGUCGGAUACUUCGUCGGUAUCCUGGCUGUCGGUCUUUACUCAGCAAGAAAGAGCAAAGGCGACAGCAUCAGCGGAUAUUUUCUGGCGUCCAAAAACAUGCACUGGAUUCCGGUUGGAGCUUCUCUGUUUGCUAGCAACAUUGGCAGUGGACACUUCAUUGGCCUCGCAGGCUCAGCAGCAGCGUCUGGCAUUGCGAUCUCAGUUUUUGAACUCAAUGCGAUGUUCGUUUUGAUCAUCCUGGGCUGGGUUUUCGUUCCCGUGUACAUGGCCAGCGGGGUGUACACCAUGCCUGAGUACUUGCGGAAGCGGUUCGGACGACAGAGGAUCCGGAUCUACCUGUCCGUACUCGCCUUGAUCCUCUACGUGUUCACCAAGAUCUCGGCGGACUUGUACGCUGGUGCAAUUUUCAUAGAGGAAUCAUUGGGUUGGAACUUGUACGCAUCCGUUGUGUUGCUGCUUGCCAUCGCAGCGCUGUUCACCAUUUCCGGAGGCUUGACUGCUGUAAUUUGGACGGAUUUCGCUCAAACCAUUCUUAUGAUCAUCGGAGCUUUCAUCCUCAUGUUCAUUACGUUUGACAGAGUCAACGGAUACGAGCGACUCACUCAAGACUUUUUCUUCGCUGAACCGGAUCCAGAAUUCGCCAGUUUCAACAACGCGACGAACGAGUCCUGUGGGAAAGUCCCUGAUUACGCCAUGCACUUUUUCAGGGAUCCCACCCCGGGGGCAUCGGAUUUACCAUGGACAGGACUGGUCUUUGGUCUCACCAUUUCCGCAGUUUGGUAUUGGUGCUCUGAUCAGGUGAUUGUGCAACGAGCAUUGGCGGCCAAAUCCAUGGUGCACGCCAAAUCGGGUUGCAUCAUGGCCGGUUACCUCAAGUUCCUGCCGCUCUUCCUCCUCGUUUUCCCGGGCAUGGCAGCCAGGGUGCUGUACCCGAACGAGAUCGGGUGUGCGAGCCCAGAGGCCUGUUUGGAAUUCUGCGGCAACACGCGCGGCUGCACCAACGUCGCCUAUCCGAGGCUCGUGGUUCGACUCAUGCCCGCGGGAUUGCGAGGGAUGAUGUUGUCUGUGAUGAUGGCAGCUUUAAUGAGCUCACUAACGUCGAUCUUCAAUUCAGCGUCGACGAUUUUCACACUCGAUAUUUACCAAAGGAUUCGAGAAAAGGCGUCUGAAGUCGACGCCAAAUCAGCGAUGGUGCUUGAUUUUGACAAAGAAGUAUUUUUGAUUUGUUUUCUAUCGUUGUUUUCCAGAGUUUUCGUGCUCGUUUUGGUCGGUGUGAGCAUCGUAUGGAUUCCUGUCAUACAAGCAUCAAAAGACAGUCAGCUGUUCAACUACAUUCAAAGCAUCACGAGCUUUUUGUCGCCUCCAAUUUGUGCAGUUUACGUUCUCGCCAUUGCUUGGGACAGGAUCACAGAGCCUUUGUAUCGACUGACUUUCGGUACGCGGUACAGCAAGAAACCGCGGAUUGAUCUUGACGAACUGGAGGAAGAAGAGAAUAAGAAAAAGAAGGCGGCCACCGAAAAAACGCCAAUACAAGACGCUGAAAUUGCGAUGAAAGCUAAAGCAGCCAUGAGCUUUGAAGAGCAACCAGCAGCGGAAGAAGGAGCAUCCGAGUAUCCACCGAUGUCCAUUGGUCGAAGAAUCCUGAACACCGUGUGUGGUGUCGACACUCGUGACAUGAACAAAGGUCAGGGCAUGCCGAUUGACACACGGACACGCGAAGAGAAGGCAGAGGACGCGGCAAAGUUUAUGGAAGAACCCGUCUUCUGGAGCAGGGUUGUGAACAUAAACGCACUGUUGUGUAUAGCGUGUGGAGGCUUCGUUUUCGGCUACUAUGGUUGAUGAAAUCCAACCACGUAUUCUCAUCGUGCUGCCAUAAUUUCCAACGGAAGCAAAGAAGAAUCCGCGUAAUGAGUGGCAAUCGCAUGAAAGGUCGAAAAAAAAAAGGUUGUCAAUUCCAUGUAUGCUCGUUUGUUGUGCAAAGCGCGAGAAAUGGCGAAGUGCGUUGUGUUCCUGAAAUUUUUAUGGAUACACCUCGGAGUCGAGACGUCGAAAAAUGACUCACGCGUCAAUUGUCAAGUACUGUAUUUCUUUUUUUUAAGUGCAACGAUGAUGCAGAUGCGAAGAAUCUUGGUCGAAGAUUGAAAUACCGUAAGAAUUUUUGCGAAGCGAACUUGCAGUACCUCGAAAAGUUUUUCAUGUCCGAAAAUCGAGCAAGAAACAUUGAAAAAUGCAUGAAUUAUUCUUUUUUUUCAAUCCGGCGAUUGUGUGACGCAUGUAUAACGCUUUAACCGAGAUGCGCGCUUCCAGCAGUGUUCGCGAAUCCUUACAAUUCGUUGAUAAUUCCUCUUUGUUUUACGGAGAAUGUUAUAUUUUGUUGGAAGAUGCAACAAGGAUAAAUUUAUUGAUUCGUUUGAAUAUACUCUACGGCAUUCGAGAAAGCAGCUCCAUUUUUUAUAUACUUUCUUAUCUUGUUGAGCUUUUGAUCAAAAUGAAUCAAAUCAAUCAACGAAGAGCGGC